AUGUUGCAGCCAGGGUGGAGAUGUAUCCUGACAAUACUCGGGGCGUUUAUAUUUCACGUCGGUGAGGUCAAAAGUCAGUGCUGGGAGAGCGGUAAAUGUGCAGAUCUGAGCAGCGAGGAUGGGAUACUGGAAUGUAUUAAAGCCUGCAAGAUGGACCUGUCUGCAGAGUCACCAGUGUUUCCUGGGAAUGGACACAUGCAACCACUCUCUGAAAACAUCAGGAAGUAUGUCAUGAGCCACUUCCGCUGGAAUAAGUUUGGCCGAAGGAAUAGCACCGGUAGCGAUAGCAACAAUGCAGGUUACAAACGGGAAGAUAUAGCCAACUACCCCAUAUUUAACCUGUUCCCCACUAAUGACAACCAAAACACACAAGAUGGCAACAUGGAAGAAGAAGCUAUGGACAAGCAAGACAAUAAGAGGUCAUAUUCUAUGGAACACUUCCGAUGGGGUAAACCAGUCGGCAAAAAAAGGAGACCUAUUAAGGUUUUCCCAAGCGAUGCUGAGGAAGAGUCAUCGGAAAUCUACCCAACAGAGUACAGAAGAGAGUUGUCUGUAGAGUUUGACUACCCCGAUACCAACUCCGAAGAAGACAUGGACGACAGCAUGUUGAUGGAAAGCCCAAAUAAAAAAGAUCGGAAGUAUAAAAUGCAUCAUUUUCGAUGGGAAGGUCCACCCAAAGACAAAAGAUAUGGAGGAUUCAUGACCCCUGAGCGCAGUCAGACUCCACUAAUGACUCUUUUCAAAAAUGCCAUUAUUAAAAAUGCCCACAAGAAGGGUCAAUAA